AGAGGACUUGCCACUAACCCAGAAUGCUCAGCUUCACCAAGCAGGACUUCCGGCGUGUGACGUGUCUGCCUAGAGCAGAACCGGAUGCUGGUGGCUGUGCAGUGUGGAUGUCAGAUGCAGCGUGAACUGCAAACAGGAUUUAGAUUGUUUUCUAAGUCUUGAGAGGAGACUGGCCGCUGAGAAGAUGCUGCUGUGGCUGCUUGGAGCUGCGUUGCUGGCUCGAGCGGCCGGCUUCUACCUUCCCGGUCUUGCACCCGUCAGUUUCUGUGAGCCUGGAAAUGACCAAGUUCCAGACUGCAAGUCGACCAUCGAGCUAUUUGUGAACAGGUUGGAUUCAGUGGAGUCUGUGCUGCCUUAUGAAUAUACUGUGUUUGACUUCUGCUCUGAGAACACAAUGAAACGUCCUUCAGAGAAUCUAGGUCAGGUUCUCUUUGGAGAGAGGAUUGAACCCUCACCAUAUAAGUUUGAGUUUAAGAAACCUGCAGUGUGUCAGAAGGUGUGUACCAAAACCUACGACAUCAACAGCCCCGCAGACAAAGCCAAACUCGACUUCCUAAAGAAGGGCAUGUUACUGAACUAUCAGCAUCACUGGAUUGUAGAUAACAUGCCGGUCACCUGGUGCUAUGAUGUUGAAGAUGGGCAGAAAUUCUGUAAUCCUGGUUUUCCUAUUGGCUGUUACGUCACAGAGGGAGGCCGAGCCAAGGACGCCUGUGUGGUCAAUUCUAACUUUAAUGAAAAGGAUGCUUUUUACAUCUUUAAUCACGUGGACAUCACAAUCCAUUACCACAUCGUUGAGCAUGAACAACUCGGAGCACGAUUGGUUGCUGCCAAGAUUGAACCUAAAAGCUAUGAAAACCUUAAUGAUGAUAGCCCCGAUUGCUCUGGAGGGCCAAAGUUCCUGAAAAACAAACACACAGGACCAUUCAAGAUUCCAUACACAUACUCUGUCAACUUUGUGGAGGACAAGAAUAUUCGCUGGGCAUCCAGAUGGGACUAUAUCCUGGAGUCAAUGCCUCACACCAACAUCCAGUGGUUCAGCAUAAUGAACUCUUUGGUGAUUGUGUUGUUCUUGUCUGGAAUGGUAGCCAUGAUCAUGCUGCGGACUCUGCAUAAAGACAUCGCCAGAUACAAUCAGAUGGACUCUGUGGAGGAUGCUCAGGAAGAGUUUGGGUGGAAGCUGGUCCAUGGAGAUGUUUUUCGACCUCCCAGGAAGGGAAUGCUGCUUUCAGUUUUCCUCGGCUCUGGAACCCAGAUCUUCAUUAUGACCUUCGUCACCCUUUUCUUUGCCUGUCUUGGGUUCCUCUCUCCGGCAAACCGUGGGGCUUUGAUGACAUGUGCUGUUGUUCUCUGGGUUCUUCUGGGUACUCCUGCUGGAUAUGUGGCUGCUCGCCUCUACAAAUCUUUUGGAGGAGAGAAAUGGAAGACCAAUGUUCUGCUGACAGCCUUCCUUUGUCCUGGGGUGGUGUUUGCAGAUUUCUUUGUGAUGAACUUGAUCCUGUGGGGUGAAGGGUCUUCAGCAGCCAUGCCAUUCGGGACCCUGGUUGCCAUUUUAGCACUUUGGUUCUGUAUCUCAGUGCCACUUACCUUCAUAGGAGCAUACUUUGGCUUCAAGAAAGUAGGUAUUGAGCACCCUGUAAGAACCAAUCAGAUUCCUCGUCAAAUCCCAGAGCAGUCGUUCUACACGAAGCCAUUCCCUGGUAUCAUCAUGGGAGGAAUUCUGCCUUUUGGAUGUAUUUUCAUUCAGCUCUUCUUUAUACUAAACUCCAUCUGGUCCCAUCAGAUGUACUACAUGUUUGGCUUCCUUUUCCUAGUCUUCAUCAUCCUGGUCAUCACCUGCUCUGAAGCCACCAUCCUGCUCUGCUACUUCCACUUAUGUGCUGAGGACUACCACUGGCAGUGGCGCUCCUUCCUGACCAGCGGCUUCACAGCUAUCUAUUUCCUGGUCUAUGCCAUUCAUUACUUCUUCUCAAAGCUGCAAAUCACUGGACUGGCCAGCACCAUCCUGUACUUUGGAUAUACCAUGAUCAUGGCUCUUAUCUUUUUCUUAUUCACCGGUACAAUCGGCUUCUUCGCCUGCUUCUGGUUUGUUACCAAGAUCUACAGUGUGGUCAAAGUGGACUGAAUGAUCCCAACACAACAGACUAUAUAUAGCAUGGCUGGCAUGACUGGAGGUUUCUUUCUUCCAUCAGCCUCUGGAGCAUUCAGCCAACUGAAGUGAACAUUACAACCUGAACCCUCACCCCUGACAGAUGACAGUUUUCUUUGUUUUUGUGCCUAAAUGUUUUUGUGUGAGCAUGUACAUACUGGGUUGUAAUUUUACACGUACAGUACUUGUCCGAACAAAAUUAAUCACAACUCUUUACAAGCCUCUUCAAUCUUCGGCUCACGAAUGGGAUAGAGAUGCGGGUUAAGCUAAUUAUCCUGCAGUACUGUGAAUGAGACAGAUUUUACAAAAGCUGCAUGCCUUGAAGGAGCCAGCCCCUGAAAUCAAACAGUCACAUUUUGACAACUUCCAUAAUGCGGGGCAAAAAUUGUUUGCAUUCUGAUCCAACAGACAGCCAGAGUCCAGUCCCACUUUACUGCUAGCCUGUGUUUUUAUUUUAAACACACACACACUAGGGGCAUCUUGACUCUUGCCCUGUUUCCUAGCAUCAACUUAUGUUCACUCCAUAAAAGCAGCAGUUGCAUCACAUUCGCUUCCCCAGAGAAGUGGUAAUCAGCUCCCUAAUUUGUCUAUAGCCAGUGAGUAUUGCACUUUAUGUGUGGUUUGUCCAUUCCUUGUAGGUUUCUGGUCAGUCCCAAGCCUUAGGACUUUUUUGGUUUAAGAUUUAUAAUAUGUAACAACUCUUCAUAAGACUUCUAAAACAACUAGAUCUUUGUUACGUGGUUUAUUCAAGCCAACAAUGUGUUUCAUUUAACUGCUUGUUCCUAAUUCCGGAAUGGCAAACAAGACUAAACUGGAUGUGAAUAAAACUUUAAAACAUCA